AUGGUGCAUCGCGGCCCGCGGGGCCGGGGCGCGGAGGCUCGGCGGGAGCCCUGCGCCCCGUUACCGGCCCGCGACGCUGAACCGGCCUGGUGCAAGACGCCGAGCGGGCACAUCAAGCGGCCGAUGAACGCCUUCAUGGUGUGGUCCCAGCACGAGCGCCGCAAGAUCAUGGAUCAGUGGCCCGACAUGCACAACGCCGAGAUCUCCAAGCGCCUGGGCCGGCGCUGGCAGCUCCUCCACGACUCCGAGAAGAUCCCCUUCGUCAAGGAGGCCGAGCGCCUGCGCCUCAAGCACAUGGCCGAUUACCCCGACUACAAGUACCGGCCUCGGAAAAAGGGCAAGGUGGGCACCGGUGCGUCCCGCCCACGCCCUCCGGUGAAGAUCAAGCCUUCGGUGCUGGGCCGUGUCGCCACCGGCCGCCGGCAGCCCGCCAAGCCACCUGACACCCCGCAGGACCCCGCGCCGGAGGCGGCCACCGAGGACUGUGCCAGCACGCCUGCCUGGCACACGGUGCCCACCCGGGAGCACGGUCCCCUGGAGCCCCCGAGCCCUGCUGCCACCUGCCCUGAGCCGGGGAGGUCCCCAGAGAGUGGGUCCCCCUCUCCCAUGUCAGCUGGGUCCCCUCCCUCCUCCUUCAGCUCUUCUGAUGAGGAGCUGGAGGAAGAGCUGCUGGGGGUCCUGCCCGCGCGGGCCCCCACCGGUGCCGCCUGCGGCGCCCUGGACUGGUCCAGCUUCGACAAGGACCACGACCCCUUCCCACGGGGAGGCUCCUCACACUUCGAGUUCCCGGACUAUUGCACACCCGAGGUGACGGAGAUGAUCGCAGGGGACUGGCUCAUGUCCAGCAUCUCGGACUUGGUCUUUACCUACUGAGUCCCAAACUCUGCAGGUAACACUCUUUUUUUCCCCCUCGCCCCCCACUAUCAGGUUGUUCAAAACAAAACAAACAGAAAGCAAGCAAACAAACAAAAGAACCGAAACCAGCUGUUUACAUGCAGGAAUCAGGUAUUUUGCCUUCCAGCUCUGGAGGGCAGAGCUCCCUGCUCACCCCAGCCGUGGCACACACCCGCUCCUGGUCCGUCCGUCUGUCCGGCCCCGCCUCGCCACACGUGGCUGGUGCUGCUGCCGUUAAUUUGCCCGUGAAACGCGAGCGUCUGGUCGGGUUUUCAUUGUCAGGGCUCGGCCCCUUCCCCCUGCGGCUCCGGCUGCUGCGGUGCUACCAUGGCUGCUCCGGCCAUUCCCAUCCCUGCCGGCUGCUGCCCACGUUCCUGCUGCCUGCAGGAGCCCCCGCACCAGCCCCGGCUCUCGGUGCCCAUCCCACCCUCCCCAUUCCUCAGGGAAUGGCCGGUUCCUUUUGCUUUUUGACUACAUUUAAGGCACAGCUUCAAUUUUCUCCUCCUCCUCAUGGCAGCCCUUGGGGAGGGAUCCCCAGCUGUGCUGUGUCUGGGGAUGGCAGAGCCAUGCAGAGCCCCCUCCCCCUGCCCAACGCCCCAUUUUGCGGGGUCCCCAGGUCUG